AUGUACUGGCUUGGGGCCCUCUCCUUCGUGGCCGCCGUUCAGGCCCAAGGAUUUUCAAUGAACAUGCUGCGGUUCGGCUGUUCGCAAGCAGUCAUCGACCGUAUCGAUCCACUUGUCGAACCGGGCAUGCUGCCAUCUUCACACGUCCAUCAAGUCGUCGGCGGCAACGCCUUCAACGCCACCAUGCCCUCCGGCCCCAACGCCGACAUCUCCAAGCUCGCCACCUGCACCUCGUGCAGUUUUUCCGAGGACUUCUCCAACUACUGGACCGCCAACGUCUACUUCCGCGCCCGCAACGGCACCUACAAGCGCGUCCCGCAAAUGGUCAACGACCAGAUCGGCGCCGCCAACGCCGGCAUCACCGUCUACUACACGGCGCCCGGCCCCAAGACCGUGACGGCCUUCAAGCCCGGCUUCCGCAUGUUUUCGGGCGACUCCAGCCGCCGCACCUCCCCCGGCUUCGGCAAGAACAUGCAAUCGUGCUUCCGGUGCUACACGGGCGCCAACUUUGGCGGCAACACGUACGCGCCUUGCCAGGACCCGCAGCGCGACACCGAGACGUUCCCUAAGCAGCCGUGCCCGGGCGGUAUACGGUCGAGCGUCAUCUUUCCUAUUUGCUGGGACGGCAAGAACCUCGAUUCGCCCUCGCACACGGAACACAUUGCCCAUCCGGUCUCGGGGCCAGCGCAGUUCGCUGUCGUGGGCGCCCAGUGCCCUUCUAGCCACCCGGUCAAGAUCCCGCAGGUGCACUACGAGAUCGUAUGGGACACGCGCCAGUUUAAUAACAAGGCGGACUGGCCUACCGAUGGCAGCCAGCCGUUUGUGUUGAGCAAUGGGGACACGACGGGGUACGGACAGCAUGGUGAUUACGUGUUUGGGUGGGAAGGAGAUAGGCUGCAGCAUGCGAUGGAUAAUCGAUGCUUUGGGCCGACGUGCAAUGGAUUGAAGACGCAGACGUUUGAUAAGGCGAAUCAGUGCACGGUGAAGAGCGUGGUGAAUGAGGAUACGGAUGGGUGGUUGGAGGCGUUGCCGGGUAUGGCGGAACAUCCGAUGAAGAAGUGA